AUGAAUAAGCAUUUGCUUACUCAUCAAACACCUACUUUCAACCUCACAAGAAAAGAAGAACGAAAGGCGAAAGGACGAAGAGAUAUCAAAACCACGAACAAACUCAGCUCCCGAAGCAGCCAGCCUGUCGACAGCCAGUCAAGCCCAUACCUCCGUCGUGAUGAUGUCUCAGUCCUUCAGAUCCUCGGUAGGGAGAGCCCCCAAUUCCCGCGGCCUCGUCUGCUAUCCCGAAACUGGCCACCAAUGCUAACCGGUCAACCACCAGGUCUCUUUUCUGAGCCGAGCAGUCCGCCAACAGAGCCCGAUUCCGACCCCGUCCAGGACCUGUAUAUCCGUGAACUCGCUGCCUACAAGCCCACUCCCCGCAAGGCCAACGACGCCGAUGGCCAUGUCCAGAAGUUUUCACCUCCCGCCGCUCCCCAAUCCCCCGAGGAGGCUAACAUCACCGCUGAGCUGAAGGCCUACGAGUCCCAGGCUGUCGAGGUUGAGGGCCAGGGUCAGGAAGCCGGCCAGCCCACCCCGGUUGAGGAGGACUGGCUUGAGAUGGAUGAGGAGAAACCUGCUGCUCACUAA